GACAAUUUCUUAAAUGCAGCCUAGUGAAAGUCUCUACGACCAGCAACCUGAAGAGCCAGUUGUUCCAGUUUCAUCCACUAACAGCAAUCCAUCAGUUGGUGCAUCUUUGACAUCUCGCUUUGAGUAUGUAGAAAAUGUCCAAUCUGGUGAACAGAGCUCUGGUGGCAUGCAAGUGCUUAGCCAUGUAGCUCCACCAAAGUCGUCCAGCUUCUUUGCAGAAUUUGGAAUGGAUAGUGGUUUUCAGAAGAAAGCAAAUUCAAAUUCCACAAAAGUGCAAAUUCAGGAAAGUGAUGAAGCAAGGAAGAAAUUCUCAAAUGCAAAAUCUAUUUCCUCUGCUCAGUUUUUUGGGGAUCAGAACAAAGCAGCUGAUGUUGAUGCCCAAGUUACUUUGCAGAAGUACUCAGGUUCAACAGCCAUUUCUAGUGCUGAUCUUUUUGGUCAUGACAUGGAUCAUUCUCCUCUUGAUGUUACUGCUAGUGACCUGCUCAGCCGAUUAUCUUUCCAGGCACAACAAGAUAUCUCUUCCCUCAAGAACAUUGCGGGAGAGACUGGGAAGAAGCUUAGCUCAUUAGCUUCCACCCUAAUGACAGAUCUUCAGGACAGAAUCCUGUGAUGAUAAGGAAAAAAAUCUCAAGGGUUGGGUAAGUGACCUGUGAUUGUCCUGUGUAGCGAAUUUAAAAGAGUUCAUAAGAAAGAAUUCUUUGAUACAUAAAACUUCAACUCUUCAGGGUUUUAAGAAGGAUGGCUGUUUCUCAAAUAUUAUUUUAGCACAGAGUGGUUUUGAUACAUGGUUUUAUGUCUUUUAGAUUUUCUUUAGGAGUCAAUGUCAUUUUGUAAACCAACAGAAUUUCCUGCUUUGUAAUAAAGGAUGUAGGGAACCAAUAUGUAUUAUGAAGUGUAUCUCCGUUAAAAGUGACUUUCUGGGGCUUCUUUAUUUUUUCUUUAAAGAGAAAAACAAAGAUCUCUAUUCCAUUUUGUUAUAUAUUAUGGCGAUGAUUAUUAGCUGA